CUCAUCUUUCUCUCCCCUUUCCAAAUCUCCCUUCUUUCUUCCUCUCCUCGCUCCCCGUAACCCUCUCUUUUUCCCAUCUUCUCUCUCUCCCUCUGACUUCCACCUCUCCCUGUGAAUUCUAGUAAAGAAAGCCGAUCUCCUCUCACACUCAAAAUAAGAUCUUACUGGAAUUUAAAACAUACUGUCAUUCUCAAUUCAAAAGAUACUCUCAAGCCCUAAUGUCCCGCACCUACAAAUCUCCUCUCUCUCCCUCGGUAUCAAAGCCACAGGCCUCCAGCCGCUGCUCUCUCUCUCUGACUACUGCAAUCUCCGCUGCUUAUGUCUCACUCUGCUGCUCAUUUUGUGGGCACAGCACAACAGGUAACGUACAACUCUCUGCUUCUCUCUCUCUCCGCUGCACAACACUCACCGGACAUCACACAAAUAACGCAGAACACACACAGGACAUACACACACCAUGCACACAAUAUGUUCGACAAAAUGCCCCUAAUUCUAUUCCUCUAUCUAGGUGUAAAUGCUAAUGAAGAUUUUAUUUUGGGUUUUGUAUCCACAAAGUGUUCGUAGAUUUGCUUCAAUGAAACUAACUAUUUUUUUUUGGGUGUUACAAGUUGGGGUUCUCAGGUACGCACACAUUUGGAGUAAUACUAUUCAUUUAAUCAUUGUUCACAAUUUUUUUGUAGUUAUUAGCGUUGGGUUUUGGUUUUGUUAAUUUUGUGCACUGUUUUUGUGAAAUCUAUUAUGCUUGAAGGAUUGUUAGGUUGUAUUGCAUAACACCAACAUUUGUUAAUUUCACUGAUAGUUAAUUAUAUAUUUUCC